AAGACUGUAACUCAGCUGGGAUCUGCUGACCGAACAGACAGGUCACUGUAAUUCAUGUAGCCAGACCUGGAGGGGGUUUGCGCUCCGCAGCGCCAAACUCUUCUUAACCUGGAGAGCUCCACAGAACGCGCACUCGCGCAUUUUCUUCUGAUCCAAGUUGCGGGUCCCGAGCAGAACAUUUUGAAGGAUUUGUUUUGGAAACUUUUAAAUCGUGCCAAUCCCUCUGGAUAUUAUAUUUUUUUGGGGGGCGGGGGGGACAUUUCGGGUCUUUGCCGACAUGUGGUGGAUGCUGUUCCCCCGAUGGAUCUGGUUCCUCGUUGGACAGUGUUACACUGUACUCCUGUGCACGAGCAGCUGCCGCGUGAGAGCGUUACCCAUGAUGUCGGUGGCAAAGGUGGUGUACUCUCAUGCAGGGAUGUGCCCCAAUGACCUGAACCCCAACCUGUGGGUGGAUGCCAUGAGUACCUGCAUGCGCGAGUGCGAGGCAGACCAGGACUGCGAGACGUUCGAGAAGUGCUGCGCUAAUGUGUGUGGUAACAAAAGCUGUGUGGCUGCUCGCUACAUAGACAUCAAGGGCAACAAGGGCCCCAUUGGAAUGCCAAUGGGCGCCACCUGCGACAAGUUCAUGUGCAGCCAGCAAGGCUCGGAGUGUGACAUCUGGGAUGGGCAGCCCGUUUGUAAGUGCAGAGACCGCUGCGAGCGGGAACCCCACUUCACCUGUGCCUCUGAUGGCAUGACUUAUUAUAACAAAUGCUACAUGGACGCAGAGGCCUGUUCCAAGGGUAUCGCAAUCUCUGAGGUCACCUGCAGGUAUCACCUGACUUGGCCGCACACCAGCCCAGUGCCAAUGGAGACCACCUUACGACCCACGACUGCCCUCCAGACCACUUUACCAACUGACAUUCAGCUGCCUCUCAUACACAACGGACCCACCAGACAGACGGUUUUCGUAGGCGAGACGGCGAGCUUCCUGUGCGAGGUGUCUGGAAAGCCCCAACCGGAAAUCACCUGGGAAAAGCAGCUGAAAGGCAAAGAUAACAUCAUAAUGAAGCCCAAUCAUGUCCAGGGGAACGUUGUUGUCACCAACAUCGGCCAGUUGGUUAUAUACAACGCCCAAAUUCAGGACGCUGGGAUCUAUACCUGCACAGCCAAAAACGUUGGCGGAAGUAUGUCGUCGCACUUUCCCCUGAUGGUGGUUAAGAGAGACUCGAAAGGCCAACAUGCGGAGGGGACUAAUACCAGCCUGCCGUUUCCGGCUGCAGAGUGCCUGAAGAGUCCGGACAUCGACGACUGCGGAGAGGAGAGCAUCAGCUGGUACUACGAACCAAAGAGGAACAACUGCUUCACUUUCACGUACAGCCAGUGCAACAAAAACCAAAACCACUUCGACACAUAUGAAGCCUGCAUGCUGGCGUGUGGAGGAGAGCUGGCAGCUCCCUGCAGCCUCCCCAGCCUUCAGGGGCCGUGCAAGGCCUACGAGCCCCGCUGGGCGUACAGCAGCACCCUCAAGAAGUGCCAGUCCUUUGUGUACGGAGGCUGCGGCGGCAAUGAGAACAACUUUGAGUCCAAAGAGGCCUGCGAACAGAUGUGCCCGUUCCCGAAGAACCACAACUGCAAGACGUGCAAACCUCGAGGCAAGAUGGUGGCCAGCUUCUGCAAGAGCGACUUUGUGAUCCUGGGGCGUGUGACGGAGCUGACGGAGGAGCAAGAGUCCGGCCACGCUCUAGUGACGGUGGAGGAAAUCUUAAAGGACGAGAAGAUGGGACUGAGGUUCUUCGGCAAAGAGCCGCUGGAGGUGACUCUCCUGAACGUGGACUGGAACUGCCCCUGUCCCAACGUCACGGUAACGGAUGGGCAGCUGAUCAUCAUGGGGGAUGUUCACAACGGAAUGGCCGUCCUGCAGCCCGACAGCUUCGUGGGUUCUUCCAGUACUCGCAGGGUUAGGAAGCUGCGGGAGGUGAUCCAGAAGAAAACCUGCGACUUCCUGAAAGAUUUCUCCUCAGUUCAGUAGACUCUCAAAAGUCAGCGACGACGCGGAAUUUUUACGAUCCCAGCAAGAUCCUGUGACCUCACCUGCAAGACACACAUCUCAGAAAAACACUUUUUCCAAAAGCCUACUAAAGGCCUUAUAUGUUGACGUUUAGAUAUUCAUAAUAAAACUUAAAUGCCUAUUUUAGUAGUGUUAGUUCGUUUACUAUCAUGUAUCUGUUGUCCUGAGCAGCUGCGCUCACAGUAACGCCAUACGAAGCCUCAGUUUAUCCGCCAGAAUCAAAUAAGCUCCUUGGUUCUACUUUUUUGUGGAAUCUGUUUUCAUUUACAGAAACGAAAUAUGUUAUGUUAACUGGUUCAUAUUUAUUUUUACUUGAUUUGUCAUUUUUAUUUUUAGGAUGGUGGAUAAAGGUAGUAAAAAUCGAAUUCAUAUACAUUUUUUAAUGCCUUUUCUUUUUUGCCUUAUAUAUCAUUUGAUGAAUAAAGAGGAUCAGAAAAGCUCCACGCUCGUCCAUUUCUAUCUGUUUCGCCGAGAUGGAGGAAACAGCCCCAAGGCCUUUCUGCAAUUUGUCAAAAAGCUCCGACAGUCAGAGCGCGCUUGUUCUCUCGUUGACAUCGCCCUCCUUUUGGACUUGUAAUUCACACACACAGGGCCUUGUCUGGCAUUAAAUUCUGAAGCAGGUCACAUUCCAGCCCAGCUGUGGUGGCCCGCAGAGCUGUGGGUUGUGUUGUGUCUGGGUCUGGGGCCCUCGCAUAGCACACACCCCACCGGCCGUCCACUGGCCUUGCGCGGCCCCUUUCAUCUGCGAGAGGCCGGGGUGAAGGGGAUGAGGAGGAGGAGGAGGAGGAGAGGGAUGCUGGCUGAUCCUCUGUCUUUGACUCGCUCCACAUCUGUUUCAGCAGACAUAAUAGAAAACAGAAAGUUGAAAGGAAGGGAAGUAAAAAGUUAAACAGGAACGAGAGGGUGGCAGCCCGUUAAAUGAGCACGCCAGCAGAGAGCUCCAAGUUUUAAUCAGCAUGUUAUUAGUGUGGGCCACUCUGGAGUCUUGAAUCAAAUCCAACCUUAAUAUUAAUCAAAUUGGGUGGACGCUGAAGCUGCGUUUUAAUAAUUUGCCUUGAGAUCCAGCUGAGCAUACACAAAAAAAAAA